AUGAAAUGGCAGGCAGCAUGUUGUUUUGUAGAGCAACACUUGCAUGGCCCGGAGCCCAGUUUGUCAGUGGCAUCUGACUUCCGGGCAUGUUUGUCAAUGCUUCCUUGGGAGGGUAAUGUUUCCGGCUUCAUGGAUUACUCGCCUAUAAGCAAGCUCGCACAAUUUGCCUCGCGAAGCUGGCUUUGCGACAACAACAUCAACUUUGCUCUCGAACUCAUUCUUCGGCAGAUCAAAAGUAGCCUCAUCCUUGCCCCGUUUUGUGACAUCCUUCAAACCUACUUUGUCAAUAAACUCAAAACUAUGUUCGAGUCAUGCCAUCAGAAAGAUUAUUUUCGUGCAGAUGAUUGUUCACAACUUCGCGAGAUUGGGCAGGACAUUGCCGAUGGCACGAAGACUGUUGGAAUGACUUGCUUCGUCCACUCCAACCAUUGGUUAUCUCUCGUCAUCGACGGUUCACGCCACACAAUUUACUUUGGAGACUCGUUUGGAUGCCAUGAAGCACCAGAUUCAAUCUGUCAUGCAGUCGAGUGGUGGCUCGCAUUGCACACACCUGUUUUGUUUGUCUGGCAACCUCUCGCCUGCACUCACCAACAAGAUCAAUAUUCGUGUGGCAUACUCGCCGUCAAUGCAAUUGCCCAUCACUUUCUUCCAGAAACUUAUCCUCUCCUCUCGCCUGAUUGCAAUGCACUCGAUGGAGCUCGGAUGCAGUUUGGUGUGGCCAUCAUUGAUACCCACCUUCGCACAUUAUCUGUGAGAAUCAUUUUUUUGUCGUCUGUGAUUAUUUACUAA